GUUUGUCAACAUGGCGUCCUCGAAAGGACCCUGAUCACAUCAUCAUCAAUCUUUAAAAAAGAGUAAUUAUUAAAAAAGUACUAAUAUUUAUCUUAAUAAAUGACAAAAAAAUGAAAAAAAAAAAUGUAUCUAAGUAAUUAAAUGUAGAUAUAAUUACAAAAGACGCCAUUAUUGAUGGAAAAUAAAAAAUAAUAUCCAUCCCAAGUGUAAAGGUGACAAAUAAACUGUCAAAAUUGACAUUAUAACCCCCAAGUGUGUUUAACAGUGAUUUGUUUGUUUACAAGAUAAGAUAAUAAAUAAUUAUUAGGUAUAAACAAUGGGUGACUAUGAUGAUGAUCAGGAUGGUGACAAUGAUAUUGGUAUAAAUAUGACUGGUUUUUUAUUUGGUAAUAUUGAUGAGAAUGGUCAGUUGGAAGAUGAUAUUCUUGAUGCUGAAGCAAAACAACAUUUAUCAUCACUUGGUCGUUUGGGUUUGGGUUCAAUUUUAAAUGAAAUGAUUAUGUCAGAGAGUUCAAGUGUCAUUCAUGAAAAUGGUGAUCAUAAUGUUAAUCAUCAAAAUGAUGAUGAUGAUUAUGAUAGAAAAUCACCAUCAGCAUUUGAUUUUUCUGACAUAAAUGAAUUGGCUGAUGAUAAUUGUGAUAUUAAAAUUGAAAAUGAUGUUGUUAAAAUGGAAACAGAAACAAAUUAUGAUGCUGAUGAUGAAAAUGUACCAAAUAAAUCAGAUACACAAUUAAUGCCACCACCACCACUACCAUUAGGUGAAAAAAAUAAUAGUAACAAUAAUAAUGGUGAUGAUGAUGAUGAUGCUGAUGAUAAAGAUGAUGUAUUAACACCAGAAGAAGUUGAAGCUGCACGUCAAAGAAAACUUGAAACACCAUUAGCAUCAAUGCUUCCAUCCAAGUAUGCAAAUAUUUCAGUGACUGAAUUAUUUCCAGAUUUUCGACCCAAUAAAGUAUUGAGAUUUUCACGUCUUUUUGGUCCAGGUAAACCAAGUAGUCUUCCACAAAUAUGGCGUGGUGCAAAUCGUCAUAAACGUAAAAAAAGAAAAAGACAUCAUGAUUCAAAAGAUUCUGAUUCUGGUUCUGAUCAAGAUGAUAGAAGAAUUAAAUUUAAAGGAUGGAAAAUGUCAUAUGGACCAAUACCAGAUGAUAAAAAUAAAAUUGCAUCAGAUGAUGAGGCAAAAUUAUUAACACCAACACAAGAUAAAGAACAAACUGGUAAACCAGAUACUGGUGAAAAUGAUGAUAUGGGACCAAAAGCUGCUGACUGGCGUUUUGGCCCAGCUCAACAUUGGUAUGAUUUAUUUAAUGUACCUGAAAAUGGUGAAGAUUUUACAUAUGGUUUUAGAUUAACUGACAACAACAAUAACAACAACAACAACAACAAUAAAAAUAAUAAUAAUAAUGAUGAUGAAAAAAUAGCUGAUGAUGCAUUUCUUAUGGUAUCACAAUUACACUGGGAAGAUGAUGUUGUUUGGAAUGGUGAAGAAAUAAAACAUAAAGUAAUACAAAAAUUAAAUAGUAAAAAUAAUGCUGCUGGUUGGGUUCCAUCAAGUGGUAAUAGAACAGCACAAGCAUUUAGUCAACCAGGUAAAGGUGGUACAGUAUCUGUUGCACAAAAUGUACGUCUUGCAACAUCAAAUAUAAAUACACCAUUACAUUUACAAACACCAAAAAAUAAACAAAGUGGUGGAGGUGGUGGUGGUGGUGGUAGUAAAAUAAAUCAACAAAAUCAAGCAAGAGAUGAUUUUAAUUAUGAUGAUACAUGGUAUUCAAUAUUUCCAGUUGAAAAUGAAGAAUUAGUAUAUGGUUUAUGGGAAGAUGAAGUAAUAUGGGAUCCAAUGAAUAUGAAAAAAAUACCAAAACCAAAAAUAUUAACACUAGAUCCAAAUGAUGAAAAUAUUGUACUUGGUAUACCAGAAGAUAUUGAUCCAGCAUUGGCACAUAAAGAAAAUGGACCACAGCCAAAAGUUAAAAUACCACAUCCACAUGUUAAAAAAAGUAAAUUGUUGCUAGGUAAAGCUGGUGUUAUAACAACACUUGAAGAAGAUGCACCACCACCACCACCAAAAUCACCAGAUCAUGAUCCAUUUAAUAUAUCAAAUGAUAUAUUUUAUAUGCCAAGAUCAUCUGAAACAACAUUAAGAAUUAAAGUUGGUGGUGGUAAUUUAAUACAACAUAGUACACCUGUUGUUGAAUUACGUGCACCAUUUAUACAAACUCAUAUUGGUCCAAUGCGUUUAAGAAAUUUCCAUAGAAUGCCAAUAAAACGUUAUAGUCAUGGUACACUUGCAACACCAGGACCACAUUCAGCACAGCCAUUAUUAAAACAUAUUAAGAAAAAAGCUAAACAACGUGAACAAGAACGUAUUGCAUCUGGUGGUGGUGAUGUAUUUUUCAUGAGAGCACCUGAUGAUUUAACUGGUAAAGAUGGUGAAUUAGUACUUGUUGAAUUUUCAGAAGAACAUCCACCACUUAUUAAUCAAGUUGGUAUGUGUUCAAAAGUUAAAAAUUAUUAUAAAAGACGUCCUGGUAAUGAUUAUGGUCCAAAAAAAUAUAAAUAUGGUGAAACAGCAUAUGCACAUACAACACCAUUUCUUGGUGUAUUUACACCUGGUCAAACAAUUCAAGCUAUUGAAAAUAAUAUGUAUAGAGCACCAAUAUACGAGCAUAAUGUACCACAAACUGAUUUUCUAAUAAUACGUACACGUAAUCAAUAUUAUAUACGUGAAAUUGAUGCAUUAUUUGUUGCUGGACAAGAAUGUCCAUUGUAUGAAGUACCAGGACCAAAUUCAAAACGUGCUAAUAAUUUUGUACGUGAUUUUUUACAAGUAUUUAUAUAUCGUUUAUUUUGGAAAUCAACUGAUUUACCAAGAAGAAUUAAAAUGGAUGAUAUUAAAACAGCAUUUCCAUCACACAGUGAAAGUUCAAUACGUAAACGUUUAAAGUUAUGUGCUGAUUUUAAAAGAACUGGUAUGGAUUCAAAUUGGUGGGUUAUUAAACCAGAUUUUCGUUUACCAAGUGAAGAAGAAAUACGUGCAAUGGUAUCACCAGAACAAUGUUGUGCAUAUUUUAGUAUGAUUGCUGCUGAACAAAGAUUAAAAGAUGCUGGUUAUGGUGAAAAAUUUUUAUUUACACCACAAGAUGAUGAUGAUGAAGAAAUGCAAGGUAAAAUGGAAGAUGAAGUUAAAGUUGCACCAUGGAAUACAACAAGAGCAUAUAUACAAGCUAUGAAAGGUAAAUGUUUAUUACAGCUGACUGGACCAGCUGAUCCAACUGGACAAGGUGAAGGUUUUUCAUAUGUUAGAGUACCAAAUAAACCAACUGUAAGCAAAGAAGAACAAGAAUCACAACCAAAAAGAACAGUUACUGGUACUGAUGCUGAUUUACGUAGAUUACCACUAAGAGAUGCUAAAGCAAUUCUACGUAAACAUGGUGUACCAGAAGAAGAAAUUAAAAAAUUAUCAAGAUGGGAAGUUAUUGAUGUUGUACGUACAUUAUCAACUGAAAAAGCUAAAGCUGGUGAAGAGGGUAUGACUAAAUUUUCACGUGGUAAUCGUUAUUCAAUUGCUGAACAUCAAGAAAGAUACAAAGAAGAAUGUCAAAGAAUAUUUGAUUUACAAAAUCGUGUUUUGGCAUCAGCUGAAAUAUUAAGUACUGAUGAUGGUGAAAGUUAUGAUGAUGAUAGUUCUGAUAUUGAAGAAAUGGGAAAAAAUCUUGAAAAUAUGCUCGCAAAUAAAAAAACAUCAAUACAAUUAUCAGAAGAAAAAGAAGAACAAGCAAGACAAGAAUUAAGAAAAAUGAUGAUGAGUGAUGAUAAUAUUAAUGACAAUAAUACAAAUAAUAAAGAUCAUAAAAAUUUAUCAAAAGAUAAAAAAAAUAAAGGCAACAAUGACGAUGAUAAUAAUCGUGAUAAUAAAGAUCAAAAUAAUGCAUUACAACCAGGUAAAGUUCUAAAAAUAAGUAGAACAUUUCAUAAUGCUGAUGGUAAAGAAUUUACACGUAUUGAAAUUGUUAAAAAACCAGCUGUUAUUGAUACAUAUAUUAAAAUACGUGAAUCACGUGAUGAAAAUUAUAUAAGAAAUAUUGCAUCACCAGAUGAUCAACAAAAAGAAAUGAUUAAACGUGAAAAACGUAGAAUACAAGAACAACUAAGACGUAUAAGAAGAAAUCAAGAAAGAAAUGCUGCUGAAAAUCAAGCAAAUAAUCCUUCUUUAUUAUCAUCAUCAUCAUUAUUUAAUAUACAUGAUAAUAGAAGUAAUACAUCAUUAUCAUCAUCAUCAGCAUUAGGUGGUGGAGGAGCACUAGGAACAAUGCCAUCAUCAUCAUCAUUAUUAGCAUCAACAUCAAAUAAUAUGAGUUCAUUUAAUAGUCACAUGUCAUCAUCGUCAAUGUCAACAUUAUUAUCAAAUAAAAAUUACAAUAAAAAUGAUUCAUUAUCACCGUCAAAACGUAAAAAAUCAAAACUUAAACCAGAUUUAAAAUUAAAAUGUGGUGCCUGUGGUAAUGUUGGACAUAUGAGAACAAAUAAAGCAUGUCCAUUAUAUCAAAGUGGUAUGUCAACAAUGCCAACAAGUGGUAUUAUCAUUAAUAGUCAUAAUAAUUAUCAUCAUCAUAAUAAUAAUAGUAAUAAUAAUAGUAAUAGUAAUAUUAAUAAUAUUGGUAAUAUGAAUAAUGAUGAAACUGAAGAGGACAUGGCUAGUAAACAUAUUAGUAAUGAUGAUCAAGAUCUUGUUAAUAUUGAAGGUGUUAAACUUAAAUUUUCAUCAAAAUUAACUAAAAUGAUUGAUCAACAAAAUGCUGAAGAAAUGAAAAAAAAAUCAUUACUUAUUAAAUUACCAAAAGAUAAUAGUAAUACUAAAAAACGUAGACGUGCUACUGGUGAUGAUCAUUGUGAUUAUUUAAAACGUCAUCAAAAAACAACAAAUAGACGUAGAACAGAUCCAGUUGUUGUUAUGACAACAAUAUUUGAAAAUAUACUUGGUGAAAUGAGAAAUAUACCAGAUGUUGCACCAUUUCUUGUGCCAGUUAAUGCUAAAAAAGUUGUUGAUUAUUAUAAUUUAAUUGUUCGUCCAAUGGAUUUACAAACAAUACGUGAAAAUUUACGUCAAAAAAAAUACUUGAAUCGUAAAGAAUUUCUGGAAGAUGUCAAUCAAAUUGUAGAAAAUUCAACUCUAUAUAAUGGACCAAAACAUGUGUUUACAUUGACAGCACAACGUAUGUUAAAUUUGUGUGUUGAUAAAAUUGGUGAAAAAGAAAGAAAGCUGAUGGCACUUGAAAAAGCUAUUAAUCCAUUACUUGAUGAUGAUGAUCAAAGUAGAUUAACAUUUUUAUUAAAAAUGAUUAUUAAUGAAAAAGUUAAAUUAAUGCCUGAAGUAUGGCCAUUUAAUAAACCAGUUAAUGGUAAACAAUUUAAAGAUUAUUAUAAUAUUAUUAAACGACCAAUGGAUCUUGAAACAAUUAUGAAAAAAGUUGAAGCACAUAAAUAUCAAAGUCGUCAUGAUUUUCUACGUGAUAUUGAACAAAUACUUGAUAAUUGUACAUUAUAUAAUGGUAAAGAUAGUUCACUUGUUAGAGAUGCUGAAAAAUUAUUUCAAGUAUGUAAAGAUGCACUUGAUGAGUGUGAUGAAGAUGAUGAUUUUUUGACAAAAUUAGAAAAAAAAAUUGCUCUUGCACAACAAAGAAUUGCAAAUUCACAACAAACAGAUGUCGAUUCAUCAUCAUGGUUUGGUCCAGAUGAUGAUAAUUAUACAAUAAAUGAAAAUGAAUUUCGUAGUAGUCAAACAAAUUCACCAGAACAACAAUUUAAUAGUAAUAAUAUUAAAUCACGUAUUGAUGAUUUUGAUUUUGUUGAUGUUGAGGGUGAGGGUGACAUGGAGAUUAAUGAUAAUAAUGAAAAAUGUAAAAUAAAAGAUGUACUUGAAGAAGAUUUACAAUUUUCAAGUGAAGAUGAUGAUGAUUUUCAUGAGGUACCAUUUAAUAAUAAUGAUAAUAAUGAUAUUGGUGUACUUGAUGCACGUGAAACAUCACAAAUACCACCAGAUGAUGAUAGUCAACAAGUUGCUGAGGCUAUGGUUCAAUUAGGUAACGUUGGAUUUUACGUUGGUGAACAGCAAUUAAUUCAGCAAGAAGAGAGUAUGGAUGUUGAUCCAAAUUAUGAUCCAUCAGACUUUUUACUUGCUGGAUUACCAGCAAGGGAUGACAGAAUAUCCAAUGAAAUUCAUGAAGAUUUGGCUGUGUCAGAGAGUGAUGAAGAAGUUGAUAAUAAUAGAGAACAACUUAAACAAGAACAACAACCCUCAUCACAACCAGAUGAAGAUGACGGUGCUAUCUGGUUUUAAAAAAAAUUUAAAAAAACAAAAAAAAAUUCAUAAAUUAAGUGUACAGUAUAAUGAAAAUUAUUUUAUCUAAAAUUAAUUAAUAAUUUACUUGUCGUUCUAUUUGUUUAACAGUGGGGUCAAAAAAUUAACAUUAUAAACAUGAAAAUUGUAUGUCAUUUUGUUUCGUUUUUUUUUUUCGUUUAUAUAAUUCGUUUAUAUAAUUUUUGUGUGACUGCGUUUUUUUUUUCUUUAUAUAAAUAUAUAUAUAUAAAAAUUUAAAAAAAAAAAAAAGAAUUUAAAUAAUAUAAAAAUACUGAUGACAAUUA